CGGUGAGGAAUGGGCGGGAAUCCUGGGCGCGGAAGUCCCAAAGGCCGGCCUGGGCCUGGGCCGGGCCUUCUCGGCUCUUGCCCGGCCCCAGGGGGAGGCGGCGCCGCGGCGAGGAGGGAGAGGGCCCGGAGCCGAGCCUGACGGAGGGAAGCGGGCCUCAUGGGGUGCUGAGGCGGCGGCGGUGAGGAGGAGGAAGGCAGGCAGGCAGGCAGGCAGGCAGGCAGGCGGAGGAGGAGGAGAAGCCCACACUCCCCAUGAGCCUCAACGAGCACUCCAUGCAGGCGCUGUCCUGGCGGAAGCUUUACCUCAGCCGGGCCAAGCUCAAAGCCUCCAGCCGCACCUCGGCCCUGCUCUCCGGCUUCGCCAUGGUGGCAAUGGUGGAAGUCCAGCUGGAUGCCGACCACGACUACCCGCCGGGGCUUCUGAUAGCGUUCAGCGCCUGCACCACGGUGCUGGUGGCCGUCCAUCUCUUUGCCCUCAUGAUCAGCACUUGCAUCCUCCCCAACAUCGAGGCCGUGAGCAACGUGCACAACCUCAAUUCGGUGAAGGAGUCGCCCCACGAGCGCAUGCACCGGCACAUCGAGCUGGCCUGGGCCUUCUCCACCGUCAUUGGGACUCUGCUUUUCCUGGCGGAGGUGGUCCUGCUCUGCUGGGUGAAGUUCCACCCGCUGAAGAAGAAGACGGGCGACGGGAGCCGGGCGAGCAACUCCACCAUCACGGCCGGCGAGGCGGCGGCCAUCACUUCCACCACCAUCAUGGUUCCCUUUGGGUUGAUUUUCAUUGUAUUUGCGGUCCACUUCUACCGGUCGCUGGUGACGCACAAGACGGACCGCCAGUUCCAGGAACUGAACGAACUCGCCGAGUUUGCGCGCCUGCAAGAUCAGCUGGACCACAGAGGCGACACCCUGCCGCCUCCAGGCAGCCAUUUUGCAUAAAAAAAAACUAAGCCAAGAAUUCUUUUUUUUUUUUUUAAAGCAAGUACAAAGUGCAAAUAUUUCUACUGUGUUCUCUUGACUCCCUUGUGCAUGAAUUUGGCUGGACUGUGGCAUUCUGUUUGGAAAGAGAGAUUAGUAGUACUGUACCUUAAGCUUUUAGUGCUAUUAAAAAAAUAACAGCAACAGUUUGGAAGUCUAAGGCGGCACAAAUGCCAAGAGAAGGAAUUGUGUCGUGUUGCCUUCAGACCUUUAAUCUUCCCAGUUAUCAUGAAGGUUGUUGUCUUUGAAAAGGUGAUUCAUUGGGGCAGGGGACUAGAGAAUGCUUUCUGAGUGGAAUAGUAUAAGAAGGAAGUUAGAGGCAUUUUUGCACGUCAGAUUUAUGGUCCACAACCUGAACACAAAUGAAAGUUUUCCAAUGUUAAAACACCAACAGAGCAGGAAUAAGACAAAUAUUGAGCUGCAUGUAUAUCAGGGAAGCACCGAUCACCUCUCAGCAAAUCAAGAUUUUAGCCUUUUAAGGAUGUUUCUAGUCCUUAUGGAUGCAAAAGUAUCUUUUUAAGCACACCACAGAUUUCUAGACUGGCAGACAAUAAUCCUCCCAUGCUCCCAAAUCAUUCCCAUAACUGGCAGAAGAGGAAUUGCAUGGUGCCAAAUAAGACACGCUGAACAAAUUGGCUUUGCGUUGGCAAGAGUGAUGCAGAAUUGGGCUUUUGUGCUGGCAGACGAUCCCUUGCACGUUUUUGGAAUAUUUCUGUUAAGGAAAAAGCAUAAUAAUAGAGAGAGAGGGGUGCAGAAAGAAAGGAAGAAAUGCAAAAUACACAUGACAGUAAAAAGGCUGCACUCCUGAACAACCUGGCCUAAGGGUAAGGCCCAUUGAAGACAGUGGGAUUUACUUCUAAAUAAAUAUACAGUAGAGUCUCACUUAUCCAACACUCGCUUAUCCAACAUUCUGGAUUAUCCAAUACAUUUUUGUAGUCAAUGUUUUCAAAACAUCGUGAUAUUUUGGUGCUAAAUUUGUAAAUACAGUAAUUACUACAUAGCAUUACUGUGAAUUGAACUACUUUUUCUGUCAAAUUUGUUAAACAUGAUAUUUUAGUGCUUAAUUUGUAAAAUCAUAACCUAAUUUAAUGUUUAAUAGGCUUUUCCUUAACCCCUCCUUAUUAUCCAACAUAUUCGCUUAUCCAACAUUCUGCCGGCCCGUAUGUUGGAUAAGUGAGACUCUACUGUACAUGGGGUGGGAACAUAUAGAAAAUAGAGAUUAUUUUUCUCUGUUGGGCCGGAGAGGACAAUCCAGCCAAAGGAUGUUGUUCACAGGUCGCAAAGCUAUGUAAAUGUAAUAUUUUGGAUUACAAAAUCUAUUCUAUAUGGUCUACUAGCUGUGCCCGGCCACGCUUUGCUGUGGCGAAGUCUGGUGGUAUGGGAGAUAAAGUAUUGAGGAAUUGGUGGUAGUUAAGGUAAAGGGUAAAGGUUUUCUCCUGACAUUAAGUCCAGUUGUGUCCAACUGCACACUGAAGUGGAUUAUAUGGCAGUGUGGAGUCAAGAUAAUCCAGUUCAAAGCAGAUAAUAUAAGAUUAUAAAUGGGUUAUAUAGCUGUGUGGAAGGGCCUUGAGUCUACACUGCCAUAUAAUCCAGUUCAAAUCUGAUAAUCUGGAAGAGGCCUAAGUGAGGCCUAACUCUGCCUGUCCCCUGGGCUGAGUGGGUUGUUAGGAGACUAAGUGGGCAGAGCUUAGCCUUUUAACUGGCAGCAAUUGGAUAAAAAAAUUAUUCCUCUCCCUCUAAUUAGGACUUUAUUUUUCUUUUUGUUGUAUGAACGUAGAGGCAUGGAUGAGGGGUUGUGCUGCCAAGUUUAGUGUUUCUGGGAUGUCUAGUUUUGUUGUUUUGUACUAGGCCAAAAUUUCAUUGCCCUUUUAUAUAUAGAGAUGGAGGCUGGAGAGUCCAGAAAGUAAAUUAAGUACAUUAAGUUAACCGAGUGCCCUUCCAGACAGGCCCAAUAUCCCAGGAUCUCAUUGAUAAUCUAGGAUAAACAGAAAACCUUGGAUCAGAUCCCUGGAUAUAGGGCCUGUCUAAUUUUUUUUUAAUGUCAGAGUUAGGUCAUACAGUUGGGUCACAAAAGCAUGUGAGCUUUUGAGUGCUUCGCUCUCCAUAAGGCUAGAUUGGGAUAAGGAAAGUAGGCCCUUGCAAACGUUUUGGCAAAUUAAGAAGUGACCAGACGCUUCCUGGUUUGAAAAAAAAAAUCCCAUAAAGAUGGGGAUGGCCUACAGAUAUUAAGGCCAGAUGGAAGAAAUGUGGCCCAGAUGUUGUAGCUAAUAAGAUUGCCCCCUCCCCAUUUUUUUCUCCAGACCUCCAUGUCCCUACCUAGUAGUUGGAGGGAAAUGGACUUCUCAGUGAAGUUAAGUCUCUUUCCGGCAUGGAAAAUCUUUCUUGUGUUGUCGAAGGCUUUCAUGGCCAGUAUCACUGGGUUGUUGUGUCUUUUCCGGGCUGUCGGGCCAUUUUUCCAGAAGCAUUCUCUCCUGACGUUUCGCCCACAUCUAUGGCAGGCAUCCUCAAAGGUUGUGAGGUUUGUUGGAGUCCCCUUGGGGAGAUAGGGCGGAAUACAAAUAAAUUAUUAUUAUUAUUUUAUUAUGACACAGCAAACAAGAUAGAUAUGCUGGAUUUCGUAUCACAAAAUCACAAAUCGAACACUUCCCAAGCGUCUAGGACUGUGUGAUGUAUUUUCGGAUGAUGUGUGCAGAUCCCAGUCGGGUGGCCUUUUGCAGUUGGCAGAUCGUAAUUUUGUCAAUGUCUGUUGUUUCCAAAUGCCGACUGUGAUCUUUUGGCACAGCACCCAAUGUGCCCAUCACCACCGGGACCACCUGCACUGGUUUCUGCCAGAGUCUUUGAAGUUCAAUCUUGAGGUCCUGAGUUUUUCCUGUUGUUUUUCGUCAAUGUGACUGGGAUGGCGACAUCAAUGAUCCAAACCUUUUUCAAUAAUAAUUUUUUUAAUAAUAAUUAUUAAUAUUAAUAUUAAUUGGAAACUAGGCGAGUGAGUUUUAUAUAUCUGUGGAAUCAUGUCAAGGGUGGGAGAAAGGACUCUUGUAUAUUGGAGGCAAGUGUGAAUGUUGCAUUUAAUCACCUUGAUUAGCAGCUUCAAAGCCUGGCUGCUUCCUGCCUGGGGAAAUCCUUUGUUGGGAGGUGUUAGCUUUCCCUGAUUGUUUCAUGUCUGGAAUUCCCCUGUUUUCAGAGUGUCAGGAAUCAGCCAGGCUUUGAAGCCGUAAGGCUUUUCAGCACUAAUCAAGGUGAUUAAUUGCAACAUUCACACUUGCUUUCAACAGACAAGAGUCCUCACUCGCCUAGUUUCCAACAAGCCGCACAACCUCUGAGGAUGCCUGCCAUAGAUGUGAGAAUGCUUCUGAAAUACGGAGAAACAGCCCAGAAAACUCACAGCAACUCUUCUUUGGCGGCAGAACGUGUUUUGAGAAGGAACCAUAGGGCCUAGUGAGAUAAAGGUUUCAUAUGCAAGGUUUGAUAUGCGUAUAGCUAGUGCCAGAUUUCACUUCAUCCCCAAUAAACCAUAAAUGCAGCUCUCCAGGGAACCCUUUGGGAUUUGGGUCAAAGAAAUAGAAUAAUUGUUUGAAGAACAGCAGAGGAAGCUUUCUUAAUGUCGGCUCAGUUCAUUGGUCUUCAGGGGGAGAAGAUUUCUCCUGGUCUGCGGAGCCUUUGAACUGAGAUUGAGCCUGAGGCUUUCUGGAGGCAAAUGGUGUGCUCCACCGCUGUGUUCGGAGUCUUCCUUGGAAUCUGGUGGCAGGACAAUUGUCACAGGCAAUCGUUUUUAAUCUGUGUUUCUUUCGGCUUUAUCACCUCAGAUAGACAGGAAAGCGUAGGAAAGGAGACCAUGAAAGAAAGACUCCCCGAGGAAUCACCAGAGAGAGAGAGUACAGGACGGACUGCAGGUUGAAUGCUAACUGAGGCAAGUUCUUCAAACCUUUCUGUUGACUUAGGGCUCCCUUGUUUUCUCGAAGGUGGGGGAAGUUGUCAUUUUGGACCACAUCCAAAAUGGGAGUUGUAUUUUAAAGUGCAGUCCCCCCAAAAAUUAUUUUGCUCAGCCAGAUUAUGUUUUGAUUGAGAUUUGCACUUUUGCAGCAAAGGUUGGGUGAUGAAAUUACUACUGGAAUAUCUGGGGAUCAUUUGCUGCUGUUUGGGAGAGUUGAAAGAUGGCAUAGACGGGUCUGCAACCGAGCAUUGUCUCACUGGAUUCCACUUUUGCUUAAUAUUUUUGGAAUAUGGAGUGGUUAUGUCUUGGCUUUGUUUCUCUUCUCCUGGUCCCUAAAUCACAGAAGCCCAAUGGGGACAGUGGUGGUUUCAGUAUAAGAGGUGUGUUGACUAUUACCAAAACAGCAGGUCAGUUCGGGAAUUGAAAGAUAUAGGGCCCUUCCACACAGCCAUAUAACCCAGAAUAUCAAGGUAGAAAAUCCCACAAAAUAUUAUUAUUCCAGACAGGCCCUAUAUCCCAGGAUCUGAUCCCAGGUUUUCUGCUUUAAAUUCGAUUAUAUGAGUCCGCACUGCCAGAUAAUCAAUAAACAAAAAAUCUGGGAUGAGAUCUUGGGAUAUAGGGUCUGUCUAGAAGGGCCCUGAGUCCACACUGCCAUAUAUUCCAGUUCAAAGCAGAUACAGUAGAGUCUCACUUAUCCAACAUAAACGGGAUGCAGAACGUUGGAUAAGCAAAUAUGUUGGAUAAUAAGGAUUAAGGAAAAACCUAUUAAACAUCAAAUUAGGUUGUGAUUUUACAAAUUAAGCGCCAAAACAUGUUAUACAACAAAUUUGACAGAAAAAGUAGUUCAGUACGCAGUAAUGCUAUGUAGUAAUUACUGUAUUUACGAAUUUAGCACCAAAAUAUCACAAUGCAUUGAAAACAUUGACUCCAAAAAUGCAUUGGAUAAUCCAGAACGUUGGAUAAGUGAGACUCUACUGUAAUGUGGGAUUUUAUUCAGCUGUGUGAGAUGGGCCAUAAACAGCUUGUGUUGCAGCCCUUUCACACCAUGUCGUUGUAAUGCUAUGAUUCCACUUUAGUUGCCAUGGCUGCAUCCUCGGGAAUCUUGGGAUUUGUAGUUUGGGGAAGCACUCUCAUUCUAAACUGAGCUCCAGAAGUAAAUGCAGAAGAAAAACAAGCAAAUGAUUCCCAGAUUUUUUUUAAAAAAACUUCAUUUUCUCCUUCCAGCCGAAGUGGCCAUUAUUUUAUAAAUAAAGUAGAGUCUCACUUAUCCAACAUAAACGGGCCGGCAGAACGUUGGAUAAGCGAAUAUGUUGGAUAAUAAGGAUUAAGGGAAAACCUAUUAAACAUCAAAUUAGGUUAUGAUUUUACAAAUUAAGCACCAAAACCUCAUGUUAUACAACAAAUUUGACAGAAAAAGUAGUUCAAUACGCAGUAAUGCUAUGUAGUAAUCACUGUAUUUACCAAUUUAGCACCAAAAUAUCACGAUGUUUUGAAAACAUUGACUACAAAUUUUUUUUAUUUUAUUUACAGCAUUUAUAUUCCGCCCUUAUCACCCCGAAGGGGACUCAGGGCGGAUCACAUUACACAUAUAGGCAAACAUUCAAUGCCUUUUAACAUAGAACAAAGACAGACAAACAUAGGCUCCGAGCGGGCCUCGAACUCAUGACCUCCUGGUCAGAGUGAUUCAUUGCAGUGAUUCAUUGCAGCUGCUCUCCAGCCUGCGCCACAGCCCGAGCAAAAAUGCGUUGGAUAAUCCAGAACGUUGGAUAAGUGAGUGUUGGAUAAGUGAGACUCUACUUUAGUUUUUUUCCCUAAAGUGUGUGUGUGUGUGUGUGUGUGUGUGUGUCUAUAUAUAUAUAUAUAAAUAUAAGUACAUAUUGAAUAAAGCAGAUGCUAUUACUGGAAUACUUAAGCUACUACCUGUGUUUUGAGGGUCUUGUUCCUUCGAAGUGAGCUUCCAUUUUUGCUUGAGAGAUAUAUUCGAGACUGUUCAACGUUUGGAAUCGGUAAAUAUUUGCCUUUGAUGCACUGAAGAUUUUUCUCUGUAGAAAUAUUUAUGAAAACGUGUUGGAAUGUGUUUUCUGCGCUUUGUUUGUUCAAAGCCAUCUUCACUGCUUUGCUUUUGUUUUGUAUUUUUUGGAGUUGAGUUCCUUCGAGUGCCAAGGUAUUGUGGCCUUUGCGAUUCAGCGUUCCCAGCGGUUGCCAUUGAAAGCUGGAAACGCUGGCUGUUUUUGAAUUGGAGGGUUAUUUCAGGAAGCGUGCGUGUUUGUACCUGCGCUCUUACGGGAAUGUUUUGGAAGAAAGCAUUGUGUGCUCCGAGGGCAUCUUGCUUGCCUUUUCUGCGUGGAAAUGAAUGUCCUCUCUUCCCGAUUUCCCUGCCUAUGUGCUUUUCCCGAAACAUCUAAAAAAAAAUGAUUUUUGAUGCCUUAAAGAAAAGAAAACGAGAUUUUAGCUGUUGUUGUGAAAGCCAGUUUUGGAGAAAACAUGAAAAAUGAGGUCCAAAUCUGUCAGCUUAUUUCAGAGGACUAAUAACAGAAAAUUUGGUAUCAGAAGCAAAAAAAAUAGCAUGGAAAAAACAGGGCUUGUUUCCCAGACCAAUUGGAUAUGUUUCGGCAUUUGUAAAAAAAGAAAAAUCUAACAUUAUACACUUGUGAAAUGAAACUUUUGUAUAAGGGAAGAAGAGUAUUUUGAACCUUCUAGUGAGCACUUGAAGUCUUCCAAAGUGCAUCCCACGCUGAUUUGUAUUUUGUGAGCCUCUAGUUUUCCUUCUCUUUUCCAUUUUAGAGACCAGACCUUUAAAGCUGUGCCUUUUAAAAAAUGUGGGGCUAGUUCCGUCACAGGCGGCGGGCGUCACAGUGGUCUGUGGAAGCCGAAGUGAUUGAAAGAACUGCAAAUCCCAUCAUCCGUGGUCCAUCCUCCCCCAAACCGCACCAGAACUUAAAAAUGGGUCAUGGGGAAUAUGUGUGCCAAGUUUGGAAACAUUGACUACAAAAAUGGCUUGGAUUAUCCAGAGGCUUGGAUAAGCGAGGCUUGGAUUAGUGAGACUCUACUGUAUAUAAAAGGGUAAUGAAAUUUCGGCCUAGGACAAAACAACAAAACUACACAUCCCAGAAACACUAAACUUGGCAGCACAACCCCUCAUCCAUGCCUCCACGUUCAUGCAACAAAAAGAAAAAUAAAGUCCUAAUUAGAGGGAGAGGAAUAAUUGUUUUUAUCCAAUUGCUGCCACCCACUUGGUCUGCUGUCAGUUAGAAGGCUAAGCUCCACCCACUUGGUCUCCUAGCAACCCACUCAGCCCAGGGCUACUUCAACCAGGCCUCUUCCACACUGCCUCAAUCACAUAUAUAUGUGUGUGCUUUCUGGGGACAUCUGAAUAUAAAGCUACCUUUUUUGGUAACACAAAUUUCCAGAAGCUAUCCAGUUGAUAACACUGCAAAUAAAAUACAACUGACCAAUCAAGUUGUAUCAAAACGUGAAUUGGAUUCUACGUCAUUUUUAUUUGGAAGUCAACUAUAAUGGUGCCCUUUUUGUACUAAGUUAUUCCCCGGCAUCCUUCGAAAUGGGCGCAUGCUGACGUACAUAACAGGGGAGAGUGAUGCACGAUCCUUUUUACAAACAUGAUAGUUCUGCCAAAGUAUUUUUUUUCUCGUCCAAGUUCAAGCAGGAUUGUGUUGGUAACUUCUCUCUGUGCCCAGAAAAAAAAGGUAUGUUUCUUCUGUAUCCUGGAAGGACUGAGUGGAGAAGUGUCGGAAAUAACCCAAUGUGGUUUUGUUUUGCACGCCGUCUGGUUUGGGUUGUGUGUGUGUGUGUGUGCGUGCGUGUGUGUGUGUAUUUUUUUAAUCACAUUUCUCUUGACGACUUUGUACCUAUUCUUGUUUGAAAAUAAUGGCUCAGAUGACUAAAAACAAAACUAGAAAAUUAAAAUUAUUUUUCCAGUUUA